GGCGUUGCGGCCCCGGACCCGGCUCCUUGCGCCGCCGCCGCCGCCGCCUCCUCCGCAGCCAGAGCCAGCAGCCGGGCCGGAUCACCCACGGGCCGGAUCACCCACCGUCCGGUGCACGCCGCCGCCCGCGCCAGCAGCCGGGCCGGAUCACCCGCCGCCCCGUGCCCGCCGCAGCCCUCGCCGCCAGCAUGGCGCUCCGGGGCUUCUGCAGCGCAGAUGGGUCCGACCCGGUCUGGGACUGGAAUGUCACAUGGUAUACCAGCAACCCUGACUUCACCAAGUGCUUUCAGAACAUGGUCCUCGUGUGGGUGCCUUGUUUUUACCUCUGGGCCUGUUUCCCCUUCUACUUCCUCUAUCUCUCCCGACAUGACCGGGGCUACAUUCAGAUGACACUUCUCAACAAAACCAAAACUGCCUUGGGAUUUUUGCUGUGGAUCGUCUGCUGGGCAGACCUCUUCUACUCUUUCUGGGAAAGAAGUCGGGGCAUAUUCCUGGCCCCAGUGUUUCUGGUCAGCCCAACUCUCUUGGGCAUCACCAUGCUGCUUGCUACCUUUUUAAUUCAGCUGGAGAGGAGGAAGGGAGUUCAGUCCUCAGGGAUCAUGCUCACUUUCUGGCUGGUAGCCCUACUGUGUGCCCUAGCCAUCCUGAGAUCGAAAAUUAUGACUGCCUUAAAAGAGGACGCCCAGGUGGACCUGUUUCGUGACAUCACUUUCUACAUCUACUUUUCCCUCGUACUCAUUCAGCUCGUCUUGUCCUGUUUCUCAGAUCGUUCACCCCUGUUCUCGGAAACCAUCCACGAUUCUAAUCCUUGCCCGGAGUCCAGCGCCUCCUUCCUGUCCAGGAUCACCUUCUGGUGGAUCACAGGGUUGAUUGUCCGGGGCUACCGCCAGCCCCUGGAGGGCAGUGACCUCUGGUCCUUAAACAAGGAGGACACGUCGGAACAAGUCGUGCCUGUUCUGGUAAAGAACUGGAAGAAGGAGUGUGCCAAGACUAGGAAGUAAGUGUGAGUUUCCUUGGCCUCCAGGAUGCCCCGGUCACCUCCUUACCACUACUGUGGCCUGAAUCCAGGGUGGAGCCCUGGCAAUGCUGCCUGUCAGUAGCUUUGUGGUUCUGGGCAAGAUGCCUCACUUCUCCUCCUGGCCUCAGUUUACUUUUCUGCCAAAUGGGGUAGAAUCUCACAUGUUAUUAAGGCAACAGGGUAGAUAAAAGAAGAAAGAAGCCAGGCGCGGUGGCUCUUAUGUCUGUAGUCGCAGCACU